AUGAUGGAGGAGGAUCUACAGGGAUCUUCUCAAGUUAAAGAAGAAACAGACACAACAGAACAGAAAUCAGAAUCGAUGGAAGUGGACGAGAAGAAACCGGAAGUGAAAGUAGAAGCUAAAGAGGAAGAAGAGAACAACGCUAAUGGGGCCGCCUCUCAGUCAACAUCUCCUUCACAGCCACGCAAGAAAAUCUUUAAGCCGGAGGAGUUACGCCAGGCUCUGAUGCCAACCCUCGAAGCGCUGUAUCGACAGGAUCCGGAGUCCCUACCUUUUCGGCAGCCUGUAGAUCCUCAGCUCCUAGGAAUUCCGGAUUAUUUUGACAUUGUGAAGAAUCCCAUGGACCUUUCCACCAUCAAACGGAAGCUGGAUACAGGGCAGUACCAAGAACCCUGGCAGUAUGUGGAUGAUGUCUGGCUUAUGUUCAACAAUGCCUGGCUCUAUAAUCGUAAGACGUCCCGGGUCUAUAAGUUCUGCAGUAAACUUGCAGAGGUCUUUGAGCAAGAAAUUGACCCUGUUAUGCAGUCCCUUGGAUAUUGCUGUGGACGCAAGUAUGAGUUCUCCCCACAGACUUUGUGCUGCUACGGAAAGCAGCUGUGUACAAUUCCCCGUGACGCUGCCUACUACAGCUAUCAGAAUAGGUAUCAUUUCUGUGAGAAGUGUUUCACAGAGAUCCAGGGGGAGAAUGUUACCCUGGGUGACGACCCUUCACAGCCUCAGACGACAAUUUCAAAGGAUCAGUUUGAAAAGAAGAAAAAUGAUACCUUAGAUCCUGAACCUUUUGUUGAUUGCAAGGAGUGCGGCCGGAAGAUGCAUCAGAUUUGUGUUCUGCACUAUGACAUCAUCUGGCCUUCAGGCUUUGUGUGCGACAACUGUUUGAAGAAAACUGGCAGAACUCGGAAAGAAAACAAGUUCAGUGCUAAGAGACUACAGACCACACGAUUGGGCAACCACUUGGAAGACCGAGUCAACAAGUUUUUGCGGCGACAGAAUCAUCCUGAAGCCGGGGAAGUCUUUGUCCGUGUGGUGGCCAGCUCAGACAAGACUGUGGAGGUCAAGCCCGGGAUGAAGUCACGGUUUGUGGAUUCUGGGGAAAUGUCAGAAUCUUUCCCGUAUCGAACCAAAGCGCUCUUUGCUUUUGAGGAAAUUGACGGAGUGGAUGUGUGCUUCUUUGGGAUGCACGUGCAAGAGUAUGGCUCUGAUUGCCCCCCUCCAAACACAAGGCGUGUGUACAUAUCUUAUCUGGACAGUAUUCAUUUCUUCCGGCCCCGAUGCCUCCGGACAGCUGUUUACCAUGAGAUCCUUAUUGGAUAUUUGGAAUAUGUGAAGAAAUUGGGGUAUGUAACAGGACACAUCUGGGCCUGCCCCCCAAGUGAAGGAGAUGACUAUAUCUUCCAUUGCCACCCACCUGAUCAGAAAAUCCCCAAACCAAAGCGCCUACAGGAGUGGUACAAGAAGAUGCUGGACAAGGCGUUUGCGGAGCGGAUCAUUCACGACUACAAGGACAUUUUCAAACAAGCAACUGAAGACAGGCUCACCAGUGCCAAGGAGCUACCCUAUUUUGAGGGUGACUUCUGGCCUAAUGUGCUAGAAGAGAGCAUUAAGGAGCUGGAGCAAGAAGAAGAGGAGAGGAAGAAGGAGGAGAGCACGGCGGCUAGCGAGACAACAGAGGGCAGCCAGGGCGACAGCAAGAAUGCCAAGAAGAAGAACAACAAGAAAACCAACAAGAAUAAAAGCAGCAUCAGUCGAGCCAACAAGAAGAAGCCCAGCAUGCCCAAUGUGUCCAACGACUUGUCCCAGAAGCUCUACGCCACGAUGGAGAAGCACAAAGAGGUCUUCUUUGUGAUCCACCUGCACGCUGGGCCUGUCAUCAACACGCUGCCCCCCAUCGUUGACCCCGACCCUCUGCUCAGCUGUGACCUCAUGGACGGGCGGGACGCCUUCCUCACCCUCGCCAGAGACAAGCACUGGGAGUUCUCCUCCUUGCGCCGGUCCAAGUGGUCCACACUGUGCAUGCUGGUGGAGCUGCACACCCAGGGCCAGGACCGCUUCGUCUACACCUGCAACGAGUGCAAGCACCACGUGGAGACGCGUUGGCACUGCACUGUGUGCGAGGACUACGACCUUUGCAUCAACUGCUACAACACCAAGAGCCACGCCCACAAGAUGGUGAAGUGGGGGCUGGGCCUGGACGACGAGGGCAGUAGCCAGGGUGAGCCGCAGUCCAAAAGCCCCCAGGAGUCGCGGCGCCUGAGCAUCCAGCGCUGCAUCCAGUCCCUGGUGCACGCCUGCCAGUGCCGCAACGCCAACUGCUCGCUGCCGUCCUGCCAGAAGAUGAAGCGGGUGGUGCAGCACACCAAGGGCUGCAAGCGCAAGACCAACGGGGGCUGCCCGGUGUGCAAGCAGCUCAUCGCCCUCUGCUGCUACCACGCCAAACACUGCCAAGAAAACAAAUGCCCAGUGCCCUUCUGCCUCAACAUCAAACACAAGCUCCGCCAGCAGCAGAUCCAGCACCGCCUGCAGCAGGCUCAGCUCAUGCGCCGGCGGAUGGCCACCAUGAACACCCGCAAUGUGCCUCAGCAGAGUCUGCCUUCCCCUACCUCAGCUCCGCCCGGGACCCCCACGCAGCAGCCCAGCACGCCCCAGACGCCGCAGCCCCCGGCCCAGCCCCAGCCCUCGCCCGUGAGCAUGUCACCAGCCGGCUUCCCCAGCGUGGCCCGGACUCAGCCCCCCACGACGGUGUCCACCGGGAAGCCCGCCAACCAGGUGCCGGCCCCGCCGCCCCCCGCGCAGCCCCCACCAGCCGCAGUGGAAGCGGCCCGGCAGAUUGAGCGGGAGGCCCAGCAGCAGCAGCACCUGUACCGGGUGAACAUCAACAACGGCAUGCCCCCGGGGCGCACGGGCAUGGUGACCCCGGUGAGCCAGAUGGCCCCCGUGGGCCUGAACGUGCCCCGUCCCAGCCAGGUCAGCGGGCCCGUCAUGCCCAGCCUGCCGCCCGGGCAGUGGCAGCAGGCGCCUCUGCCCCAGCAGCAGCCAAUGCCGGGCAUGCCCCGGCCUGUGCUGUCCAUGCAGGCCCAGCCGGCCGUGGCCGGCCCGCGGAUGUCCGGCGUGCAGCCGCCCCGGAGCAUCUCGCCCGGCGCCCUGCAGGACCUGCUGCGGACCCUGAAGUCGCCCAGCUCCCCGCAGCAGCAGCAGCAGGUGCUCAACAUCCUCAAGUCCAACCCGCAGCUGAUGGCGGCCUUCAUCAAGCAGCGCACAGCCAAGUACGUGGCCAGUCAGCCCGGCCUGCAGCCCCAGCCCGGCCUGCAGCCCCAGCCCGGCCUCCAGGCCCAGCCCGGCCUGCACCAGCAGCCCGGCCUGCAGAACCUGAACGCCAUGCAAGCCGGCGGGCCCCGGCCCGGCGUGCCUCCGCAGCAGCAGGCGAUGGGAGGCCUGAACCCCCAGGGCCAGGCCCUGAACAUCAUGAACCCGGGCCACAGCCCUGGCAUGGCGAGCAUGAACCCGCAGUACCGGGAGAUGCUCCGCCGGCAGCUGCUCCAGCAGCAGCAGCAGCAGCAGCAGGGCAGCGCGGGCAUGGCCGGGGGCAUGGCCGGGCACAGCCAGUUCCAGCAGCCCCAGGGACCCGGAGGCUACCCCCCAGCCAUGCAGCAGCAGCGGAUGCAGCAGCACCUCCCCAUCCAGGGCGGCUCCAUGGGCCAGAUGGCGGCUCAGAUGGGACAGCUCAGCCAGAUGGGGCAGCCGGGGCUGGGCGCAGACAGCACCCCCAACAUCCAGCAGGCCCUGCAGCAGCGGAUUCUGCAGCAGCAGCAGAUGAAGCAGCAGAUCGGCUCCCCGGGCCAGCCGAACCCCAUGAGCCCCCAGCAGCACAUGCUCUCAGGACAGCCGCAGGCCUCGCACCUCCCCGGCCAGCAGAUGGCCACGUCCCUCAGUAGCCAGGUGCGGUCUCCGGCCCCUGUCCAGUCUCCGCGGCCCCAGUCCCAGCCUCCACAUUCCAGCCCGUCGCCACGGAUACAGCCCCAGCCUUCGCCACACCACGUCUCGCCCCAGACUGGUUCCCCCCACCCAGGACUCGCAGUCACCAUGGCCAGCUCCAUAGAUCAGGGACACUUGGGGAACCCCGAACAGAGUGCAAUGCUCCCGCAGCUGAACACCCCCAACAGGAGUGCGUUGUCCAGUGAGCUGUCCCUGGUCGGCGACACCACAGGAGACACCCUAGAAAAGUUUGUGGAGGGUUUGUAGCAUUGUGAGAGCAUCGCCUUUUUUUUCCCCCCUUUCAUGUUCUUGGACCUUUUGUACUGAAAUCCAGGCAUCUAGGCUCUUUUUAUUCCUAGACGGAACUGCUACUUCCAAGCCGUGGAAGGGUAGAUUGCUGUUUAAAGAAACAAUACAAAGAAUAUAUUUUUUUGUUAAAAACCA